AUGUGGGACGCAAUCCGUGAUUCGCCCUUUGGGCUUACAGUUCGCUUUUUCAGCAAGAACAAGCGACUGCAGCAUAUCGAGGAGACGGAUACCUUCCAGCAUCCAUAUUAUCCUGCAGUUGCGGGCGAUCACGUCCAAGACCUCGAAAAGGACACGGAGGAAGAGACCACCAGCAGAUCGUCAUCGUCAACAGAUCUCGAACGAGCCGAUACAAAUCUCAGCAAGGACGAACUCGACCAGAAUCUCAUUGAACGCCUAGUAACUCAACAGAGCUACCACGAGCUCGCGAAGAACCAAAGCAGGCCGAUCAAACCUACCCAAACGUCGGAUGGACUAAUUCUGGUGGACUGGUAUACGACUGACGACCCUGAAAAUCCUCAGAACUGGAGCCCGCUCAAGAAAGCAUUUGUCUCUUUUGUUAUAUGCUUCUACUCUUUCGUCGUCUACUUCGGCUCGUCGAUAACUGUCGGUGCUGUACCAGAAAUUGUCGAAAAGUUUGGUGUGAGCAUUGAGGUCUCGUCGCUGGCUUUGGCACUCUACGUCUUUGGCUAUGGACUGGGACCAUUGUUGUUUUCGCCCAUCAGCGAAAUGACGGCAGUGGGCAGGAACCCUCCGUACAUCAUCACCCUGUUCCUCUAUACAAUGCUAUGGAUUGGUGCUUCAACAGUCCAGAACUUCCCUGGUUACCUCGUUCUUCGCUUCUUGACUGGCUUCUUCGGUUCUCCUGCGCUUGCUACUGGAGGAGCUUCUUUUGGUGACAUGUACCCUCUAAUCAAAGUUCCAUACGCACUCGUUCUCUGGGGAGCUGCCACCGUCUUCGGACCCGCCCUCGCCCCCGUUGUCGGUAACUUCAGCGCCCCAGCUAAGAACUGGCACUGGGUAUCAUGGGAAAUGCUCUGGCUCAGCGCUCCCGUCGUGCUCAUCUGGUUCUUCUUCGUCCCUGAAACAUCAGCAUCCACAAUACUCUACUAUCGAGCUCGCCGUCUUCGCAGAGUCACAGGGAACGACAAAUACCGAACAAAGGACGAGAUCAACCAAAUCACCAACAAAACCACGACCAAGUCAAUUGUUUACGACGCCAUCAUGAAGCCUGCUCAGAUAAACAUCCUCGACCCAGCGGUUCUGUUUUCGACCGUCUACACAAGUCUUAUCUACGCCAUCUUCUACUCCUUCUUCGAGUCGUUCCCGCUUAUCUUCGAGGCUAUUUACCACUUCAAGUUCGAGCUUACCGGGCUUCCCUUUCUUGCUGUUCUUCCUGCUCUUGCCAUCGCGGCAACGUUUAUCAGCCUCUACUGGUACUACUCUGUCGUCCGGCACUUCCCAGCAAGAGGCUUCGAAGCCUUCGGUGCCCCAGAACGUCGUCUCGUCCCUGGCCUGGUAGUCUGUCUUCUCACUCCAAUUGGGCUGUUUAUCACUGCAUGGACCUCCCGCCCAUCCAUCCACUGGAUCGUCCCCAUAAUCGGCCUAGCCCUAAACAUAGUUGGGACAUUUACGGUGAUAGUCUGCAUGCUUCAAUACCUGGCAUUCACAUAUCCGCGCUACGCAGCCUCGCUAUUCGCCGCAAACGACUUUGCGCGCUCGAGUCUAGCCGCUGGCGCCAUUAUGUUUUCGCGCCCUAUGUUCUUGAACCUGGGCAUUGCUUGGGGAAUUAGUCUGCUGGCGCUCUUGGAUGUUGUUUGUUGUGUGCUGUUGUUUGGCCUGUGGAGGUAUGGGGGCGUGUUGAGGGGGAGGAGUAAGUUUGCGGAGGCUUAG